AUGGCACCAACAGACGAGAAAACCCUCCACCUGGUAGGCAUCGGCGUAGGCCACUCAAUUGCGCCCCCAAUGCACAAUGCCAUCGCGAAAUCCCUCUCCCUCCCCUGGACCUUCCACGCCACCGAGUGCGACACAAUCGAAGACCUCCUCCUUCUGGCGCGCAAAGACUCAACAGCAGGCCUCGUCGUCACGAUGCCCUACAAAAACACAGUCAUGCCCCGCCUCGACGCCAUAGACCCCCUCGCCACCACCAUCGGCGCCUGCAACAACGUCUACCGCGAUCCCUCAGACCCGGUGCGACUGAGGGGUACGAAUACGGAUUGGCUGGGUGUGAAGGGAUGUCUUCUCGAAAAGGGGAAUGAGCGAGGCCCGGUAGAAGGGAAACCUGCGUUAAUUGUGGGUGCUGGUGGGGCAAGUCGUGCUGCAGUGUAUGCUCUGCAUACCUACUUCAAGGCCUCUGUAAUCUACGUCCUGAACAGAGAUGAUGGAGAAGUAUCCGAUCUCCAGCGCGAUACUCAACGCCUGGACCCCGUCCCCAAGAUUGUUCACGUCAAAGAAGGGGAGUCGAAGACGCUGGAGACACCGUACUACGUGGUUGGAACGGUACCCGAUUUCGAGCCCACGUCGGCGUCUGAGUUAGCGGUAAGAGCAUCGCUAGAGGACUUCCUUUCACGGCCGGAGAAGGGGGUCUUGUUGGAUAUGUGCUUCAAGCCGCGGCGGACGAGGAUGAUUAAGCUAGCGGAGAGUCAUGGGUGGCCUUCGGUGGAGGGGACGCAUGUUAUUGGCUACCAGAUCGAGGAGCAGUGGAAGCUUUGGGCUGGAGAGGAGAGGGUGAAGAAGUUGGAUAAGGAUGCAGCGUGGAGGGUGCUAUUGGAGGCAGCUGAUAACAGCCCAGGGAUCAACUUCUGA